AGAAAAGCUCCUUUUCUUACAUGUGGGCUGGCUCGAAGAAACCCACUGUACUGUACCAGUAUACAUGGGCAUGUACACACCAGUGCUGCAGUCAGGGCAUCAAUUUUGUAUAGGAAAUGGCUGUUGAGGCAGCGCAGCAACGUCAGCUGUAAAGCACUUAGGCUGAGCGUGCCUCCCUCUCUCUCCCCACUGUAACCACGGGCUGAGAGGAGGAGGGUUCCGCCUUUUCUGUGCAAUGGGGGAGAAGAAAGCGCUUGCAGCAGAAUCAUGUCUGCCUCCGACUCUAGCGCUACAGGACUCAUCUGUAACAAGGGUUCAGCCGAUUCCUACACUAGUCGACCUUCGGAUUCCGACCUGUCCCUGGAGGAGGACCAGGAGGCGUCUCGGCGUGAAGCCGAGCGCCAGGCUCAGCUGCAGCUAGAGAGAGCCAAGUCCAAACCAGUAGCAUUUGCAGUGAAAACCAAUGUGAGUUACUGUGGGGCUCUUGAUGAAGAUUGUCCAGUCCAAGGUGCUGCUAUUAACUUCGAAACCAAAGACUUCCUGCACAUAAAAGAGAAAUACAACAAUGAUUGGUGGAUUGGUCGACUAGUGAAAGAAGGGGCGGACAUCACAUUCAUCCCGAGCCCAGUCAAACUGGAAGCCAUGAGGAUAAAACAAGAGCAGAAAGCAGCAGCAAGGAAAGGAGGGAACGCUUCAUCUGGAGGCUGGAGGUCCACCCCGCCAUCUGCAGCCAAACAGAAGCAGAAACAGACUGAGCAUGUUCCUCCAUAUGAUGUGGUCCCUUCUAUGCGGCCAGUGGUGCUGGUGGGCCCUUCGCUGAAAGGCUAUGAGGUAACAGACAUGAUGCAGAAAGCCUUGUUUGACUUCCUAAAGCACAGAUUUGAUGGCAGGAUCUCUAUUACACGGGUGACUGCUGAUUUGUCACUGGCGAAGCGCUCAGUGCUGAACAAGAAGGCCAUAAUGGAGAGAUCCAACACACGCUCCAGUCUGGCUGAGGUCCAGAGUGAGAUCGAGAGGAUCUUUGAGCUGGCCAAGUCCCUCCAGCUGGUCGUCCUGGACGCAGACACCAUCAAUCACCCAGCACAGCUCCUUAAAACCUCUCUGGCUCCCAUCGUCGUAUACGUCAAAGUCUCCUCGCCUAAAGUCCUUCAGAGGCUGAUUAAAUCACGAGGGAAGUCACAAAGCAAACACCUCAAUGUCCAAAUGAUGGCAGGAGACAAGCUAGCACAGUGUCCACCUGAGAUGUUUGAUGUCAUCCUGGAUGAGAAUCAGCUGGAGGAUGCAUGUGAACAUCUUGCAGAGUACCUGGACAUUUACUGGCGUGCUACGCAUCUCCCCUGUUCUGCCCCUGUUAACCCCUUACUGGACCAAAGCGUGGUCACCCCACCCUCAGCUGACUCCAGCCAGCAGUUUUCUGAGACUCAAGAGUUGAUAGAAUGAUCACUACCACAGACAUAGGACGCCUGUGCUGUCGGCUGGGGUCAGACUAGGAGGGCAUAGAGCACAGGGACCAGGGCGCCACCAGGGGGCAGCAGCAGCCCUUAUCUCUCCAAAGCCAGCCACCACCUUCUCUGGUCAGGUCCAGAGUCCCUCAGGAGAGAAAGAGCAGGAGGCUGGUGAGCUGGAGGAUGAGGAGACACAAAACCAGGGAGAGGAGCAUGAAGAGAAGGAGGAUUCGAGAGAGGAGCCUCUCCACCUCACUGCUGCCCCCUCGGGAAGAGCUCCCUGCUCCCACCGCCACGUGACAACUCAGGGCCGCUUUCUACAGCUGCACGCCUACUGCUAACAAAAACCAGUACAGCAGUGCCGUCACUGCACGCCACCUCGCCACACCCUUCCUCCCACCCUGACCUUAAUCCCAACUACCUGCUUUCACACUGGAAGUCACAUCCCCCACCUGGCAACGCUGAGCCAGCCCAUGUGUGAUCAGACCCCCAGAAGUGGCUAUCCCAGACACACAUAGGCUAAUUCAGCUCUCAAUGUCGAGAAAUUACACACCUCCGAAGGUAGAGUAUGUUAGCAUACAGAAUUGUAGCAUAGCAACGCUAUCAGUAUAACACAAAAUCAAAACAUGAGUAGCUUUCCAUUGUCGGUUCCCAGUGUUUCCUCUCUGAUAAACCUGUCUUCCCCCUCUGGCCAAAGAGUGCAGAUAGUGACAGAAAACCAAGUGUGUAUGUCCUCCAUCUCUACAGCUCUCUGUGAGCUGGCAUUCCACUUUAACUAAAUGUUUCCUCAAAGGCACAAUUGUUUCUAGCAGAGUCAACAUCAUCUCAACUGUGUUGGGACACCCAAGGAAAACUUUCCUCUUCCUUUAUCACUUAUUUUCUCUUCUUGUUUAUCCAGUAGCCUUUUUUUAAUUAUUCUUUAUUUCCAAUUAUUUUUUUACAGUAUAUAUACUACUAUCUAUAAUUCAUAUAUUGUCUCUCAGUAUAGCUGAUCACAUAAGUACGCAACAGUGAUGCAAAACUAGCAUGACAAGCACAGACUUGCACAUCAACAGUCUAUAUGCAUCUUUUGUCACAGCUGUGAAUGUAUAAAUGCUGGUCCAUUGUCUUAGGAAGGAUUAUUUACAAUAAUUGUGGUUUGUUUGCAGAUGGUUGGUAGCAAAUCCCAUAACCUAACUAAAAUGAAGAAAACUAUUUAUCCAAAAGAAAUAAAUGGUAAAAUAUUAUUUCUGACAAAAUUUGACAAACUCUGAGAUAUCAUUUGUAGCAUAACCAGAUAUCAGGAGAUUCACUGAUAUUUCACAUAUGUGUAGGUUACUCCAAAAAGGACAGAUGCAUUGCUCCAGUGUCAGGCUUCAUGACUCCUUUAUUGGAGAAAUCAUACUCUUAUAACCAGAUGUUGUAAAUUAUGUUUUUAAAAAUCGAUAAUUAACAUUGUCUGUUUAUAGUAUUUUUAUUUCUUUGUUUAAAAGGAGAAAAAAAAAAGAUAAAUUGUGAGAGAUUGAACACAACGUGACUUGGUAUUUUCCAAUGGACUGUAAAACAUAAAAAAACACCUUAUUGAGUCGAUGUACUGUAUGAUUUCCAAAUACAGUAGAUGUAUUUAUUAAUAACACAGUUAAAUGUUGCCUCAGCAUGUGUGCUGAAUGUAAGUUUUGGUGAUAUUAGCGCUAAAAUAAACACAGCACCACAAAUUACACAGUCAAGAACAUACUGCAUUUUUUUUUAUUUGACCACAUCACUUGUAUCAUUUACAUCUCACACUUAGUGGUGUAGUGGUAACUGAAGAAGUGCUGGACUAUAUAGACAUCAAUGGAGCUUCAGAAUUAUUAUCUCAUAAUCGUUUGGCAUUAACAGCUAAAAUAAGCAUGUGUACAGCAGGCCUAUAAGUAUACAAAGGGCGACUUCUGGUGGUAUGGUUAUGUUAUUCUUAUAUCCAUAUGGGAAUAUGUACAACUUCCAGUCAUAACACUAGUUAAAUGUCUUUUCUACAAAUAACAAAAGCUUCAUUCAAACGUUAACAUAGCCACCAACUGUCACUUUUGUGUUUAUCAUCUAUUGGCCUCCAUUUCAUAUCUUACAGUAUAAAUGAAUGCAUCUCAAUAAUUCACUGAGGUUCUUUACAUUAAUGCAUCUGCUUUUAACAUAUAAAACUAUAGAAUUCAGCUAACAUACCACUAAUGUAAAUAAUCAAAUGUAUGUGCAUGACAUAUGUAUUCCUGUUUCAUCAGAAGGGCUUUUUAGGACCAUCCUUACAUGAGCCAUUCAUUCUUCAUUGUAAAUCAACAUGAGCUGCAUAACAAGUCACAUGUAUCAAGGCUUAAUUGUACAUGCUGUAUAUUCAAUAUUAUUAUUAUUAUGAAAUUGCACAGAACAACAAAUGCAGACAGGUAGAAUGGUUUUAGUGACAGUACACAAUUCUAUACUCAACGCCUCUGAAAGCAUGUGUUGAUACGUAUUUUCCUCUCUUUUUAGAAUGAUGCACAGUUAUUUAGGACCACCGUAAAGUUUGCUUCCACUGACACCCACAUUCAUUUCUGAAGGACCAGGUUUGAGAUAUAUAACUUCUACUUGAUGAAACACAGAGAGCACAUUACCUUCUUUUGAUUAAAAAAAAAGAUAUUAGCUCCUUCUAUUUGCUUAAAUUGUAUUGCAGGACAUUUCUACGAAAGGUGAAUUAUUCUUUGGACUUCCAAAGCACAAUUUUUUACAAUUAUCAUUUCCUAUUGCGUUUCACUUGCCUAAAUUCUGUAUGCAAUACAAAGUCUAACAUUGACGAGACACUAGCUGAGACUAUCAAGGUACAGUAUCUCCUCAGUUAUGAUGGGGUAUAAUUGCACUACUAUCAUUUAUAUGUCUGCUUUACAAUGCAAUAAAUGCACUAAACGUUAUGCUGUACCCACCUCCAAUCCUGAACAAGUUAUCUGGUCUGAUGAUGAUGUCAACAUUUCACUUGGUUUCUGACAAGUCGGCAAGAUAAAUUAUAUCCAACAGUGUCUGAUGAUGAUGUGUACAGGGUGCAUCUUUUGUCUAUAGCACAUUUGAAAGAGGGGGUGAAUAAAACACAACAACAUUUAAAUACA